AUGAUUAAAUAUUUGAUUGAGACGUACGACAAGGACCAGCGGAUCAGCUUUGUGCCGAGUAGCCAUGAGUCGUAUCACGCGCGCCAGAUGCUGCAUUUCCAGAUGUCCGGGCAGGGCCCUUACUACGGCCAGGCUGUCUGGUUCAAGCGCUACCACCCGGAGCACGUUCAGAGUAACCGGCAGUGGCUGGUGGGUGACAAGUUGUCCUACGCCGACCUCGCGUUUGUCUCGUGGCAGAAAGGCGCUGUCGGCUCACGUAAACGGACGUAUUUUAUCGACCAAUGGGGUGCGUUCUCGAAUGUGUGA